CAGAGAAGCAAAAGAAACGGCAAUAACAUUAUCUAAAAACGCACGCACACAGUCGAGAAAAAAAAAAAAAAAAAACUUUGCCAUAUUCCUCAGUAAUAGGCCUUAAAAAUGGGAAACGUCCUCAAACUCACAUACAACAUCUUCUUUUUCUCUUUAUUCCGUACCUAAAGCCAAAGCCAAGGAUACCCACUUUCUCUUUCUUUCUUUCUUUCUUUCUAAUCUCACCCUGCUCAUUGUCUUUUCAUUUUCUUGCUUCAAAGAAAGAAACUCUGCAUAUAUUUUCUGAACCAUGGAAGGAAUCAUCGUUAGAAGGGUGAUUCCCUCGGAUAACAGUUGUCUUUUCAAUGCUGUUGGGUAUGUUAUGGACCACAACAAGAACAAAGCUCCUGAGUUGAGACAGGUUAUAGCUGCGGCAGUGGCAAGUGAUCCGGAGAAGUAUAAUGAAGCAUUUCUUGCGAAACCGAAUGGAGAAUAUUGUGCUUGGAUUCUUGAUUCAGAGAAAUGGGGAGGUGCCAUUGAGCUUUCAGUAUUAGCAGAUUACUAUGGGCGUGAAAUUGCUGCAUAUGAUAUCCAAACCACGCGAUGUGAUCUGUAUGGUCAGGACAGAGGGUACUCAGAAAGAGUGAUGCUUAUUUACGAUGGGCUUCAUUAUGACGCUUUAGCUAUUUCUCCUUUUGAGGGAGCUCCAGAGGAGUUUGAUCAGACCAUAUUUGCUGUACAAAAGGAUAGAACCGUUGGACUUGCUGAGGGGCUUGCUCUUAAUCUUGUUAAGGAGCAACAAAGGAAACGAAGUUAUACAGAUACUUCCAACUUCACUCUGCGUUGUGGGGUAUGCCAGAUCGGUGUUGUUGGUCAGAAGGAAGCUGUUGAGCAUGCACAAGCCACAGGCCAUGUGAACUUCCAAGAAUACAGAUGAUAGAAAUUGCAGAGGAACAAAGACUCAUCUUAAUCUGGUCAGCUCGUCUUUGGAUUUUAGACCAUUGGGUGGUUUUACUAUUCAGUCAACAAGUUAUUGGAUUCUUUGAGUAACCAAUAAAAUAGUUAUUUGUACAUCUGAAUGUUGUUGUAUAAUGGUUGCCAUCAAUAUAUUGCCAUUUCUGUUGGGUGCUUCUCUUGGCAAUCUAGUUCUUCAACAUUAUUCUUUCUCCAAUUUUAAGUUUAGAAACAUCUUUCCAUUGUAUUUAAUUGGUCUUGAGAUAUUUUUUCAUAAUUGAGUUCUUCUUCCAAUGGAAAUUCUCCAUAUAAGUUCGAUUCCA